UCUUUGUUUAUUGUUUCAGGAUAAUAACGUAAUUCGCAAUGUGUAUCAACAGCUGAUGAUAUAUUUUUAUGUUAAUUUUUAGGUUUUUAAAUCAGUGUUCACUGUAAAGUGCUUGAAUAGUGCAUUAAUAACACAGCUUGUUCAGCAGACCUGUACUUUGUCCUACUUUUACUACUCUUUACUGUUUGUCACACAAGACCAGGAGUGAAAAGAUGUUUGUAUUUUUGUAUUAUUAUACCAUUUACCUUCAUCUAUGCAAUUAAAAAUAUCUGUUCACUGGCAAGUCAAAUGAGGUUGAAAUUAAUCAAUGACAUUUUAGACUGUGUUUAUUCAAUUACUCUGAAUAGUCUAUUUAGUAUCUCAAAGUUAAUACCAAUGUGCCGUUUCAAUGGGCUAUUUAAACAGUCCAAGUCCUAGCGCUAAAAGAGAACAGGUGCCUGCAACGGCGCAAUACAGUAUAACAAAGUGAGCUAGAAAGAAUCCAAAGCUCUUUAAAUAAACAGGCUGUUUGGUGCCUGUUGAAAGAUUAUUCCUACCUCUAUUAUUUCGAGGCCAUGCUUUUUUGAGGGACCCCAUUGUUGCAUGGUCUGCGCUUGGAUAGAUUUGCUGUGCUAAUGAUCUUUUUUGUCCUCAAAUUGUUUACACAGCUCUUAACGUGUUUUCAUUCUCUCUAACCUCUAAAGCCUUCUAUUGUUUAAUGCAGUGCUAGGCUGGCUUUUUCAUAUUUUAUGAGAAGUCCUGUACAAAGCUCCAUUUCUAGUUUACAAACAAUGGUCAAAGCAACAGUUGGUACACAUGAACCUCUUUUGACUGGUAUUCCUGCCAGUUUUUUGUUAGCCAGGUAAUUUCCAUAUUAAAAUUAACCAAGAUAACGCCACACCCAUUGAACUCUAAUGGAGUCCGGUUACUAUGCAGGGUCAUCAUGUCAUCAUUCAUCAUGCAAUUUGAGAAUUUAAAAUGUACAGAUACACGUCAGUUUAUUAAUCAAUCAUCUUUCAUCUUCACUAAUGAAACAAUCUUCCUUUCCAGACUGCCGGUCCCAGGUUGCAGAGGCUGGGAGCCGUUAGAACAUCACGUUGUGAACCAUAUAAAGUCCUACUCUUACCGCUACCUCAUCAACAGCUACGAUUUCAUCAACAAAUCCUUCAGCGUGAGCCAUGAAGAGGCUACAAGCUUCGGGAGAUUUCCGUACCUCAUAGACAACAAGAACAUAUGCAGAGAGAAGGAUGUGCUGCUUCUUCUCUUUGUUAAAACCUCCCCGGAGAACUUUAUUAGAAGGCAGGCGAUUCGCUCCACAUGGGGUAACGAGACUUACAUUAAGAAGGAGCUGGGUGUGAAUGUGAAGGUGGUAUUUAUUAUGGGUGUGCACCCAGAUGGACACAAACGAGGUACCAUUCAGAAACAGCUCCAGGCUGAGGACCUGAACCAUAGAGACUUGGUCCAGCAAGAUUUUCUGGACACUUUCCACAACCUUACUGUGAAACUCCUACUGCAAUUCCGCUGGGCACAUGCCAACUGUGAACAUGCUCGCUUUUUAAUGUCUGCCGACGAUGACAUCUUCAUCCACAUGCCUAACCUGGUCCGCUUGCUUGAGCAACUCAACAGUCAGGGGGUUGUGAAUCUCUGGGUGGGACACGUUCACCGUGGCUCGCCUCCUGUGCGACGCAAGGACAGCAAAUACUACAUGCCCGUCCAGAUGUACCAAUGGUCCUCCUACCCGGACUACACGGCAGGGGCUGGUUAUGUAGUGUCCCAGGAUGUGGCUGCCAAAAUUUACCAGGCCACUUUGUUCCUUAAUGCCUCUCUACACAUCGAUGACGUUUUCAUGGGCAUCUGUGCAAUCACCGUUGGGGUUUCACCCCAGGAACAUGUUUACUUCUCAGGUGAGGGGAAAGCCCCCUACCACCCAUGCAUUUACGAGAAGAUGAUCACCUCUCAUGGACAUGCGGACGAUGUUAACUAUCUUUGGAAGGUGGCCACUGCGCAAGAGGUACAUGGCAUCUCUUCAGGUUUCUUUGGGAAACUAUACUGCACUGCUGUGAAAAUCAGGCAGCUUUGUUGGCCUUCCUUUACAAAGAAAUAUUCUUGCAAAGCAGCCUUUUCAUGAAGGACUAUGAGAUGUACUUGGUCAAUCAGUUUUAAAUUGUACAUUUUAAUGUUAGGAAUUUUAUUUCAUUUAUUUAAGCAUUUGUUACCUCUGUUUUUGGUAGUUACAACAGGCUCAAUAAAAACCCGUUCUUCAGCUGA